UGCAAUUAAAGCCCGUGUUUCAUCACAACAGAAUGAGAUAAGAUCCACAAGCCUAUAAGUACAAUUUCACAUUAAUUGAUAGUAGCAGUUAGUUUUUGUCAUUGGAACAAUGAAGUUGAAAUUGUUUUUAUUGUUUUGUGCUUUAAACUUUACUUUUGUCGUUAAUGUGCCGGAAAAUUUGACAAAAAAAUGUGAACAGAGCAGUUUUUGUAGAAGAUGCAGGAAUAUUGAGGCUAAAAAGUCACCAUUUGAGAUCGUACUCAGCUCCGUUGACUACUCUGAAAAUAAUUUAAUGGUGGAUAUUCUUAAUAAAAAUACUCAAAUUACUCUACACAUGAAAUUUGAGUGUCUUGAAGGCGACACCUUCCAUUUUGAUAUUGAUGAGAAAGAACCGAUGAAUAAUAGGAGGUUCCGUCUUAAUAAUGAAGUCAUUGAUCAUCAAUUAGCCAAGAAAAACAUUCAAAUUGUAUCCAGUCAAACCUUAAAUUCAGUGAACGUGACAUGUGACAAAAAUCUAGCAGUGCUUCAUAUUUCUCCAUUUAAAAUUGAUUUUUAUCGCGAUGAUGUUUUGACUGUUACAGCAAAUGGAGAAGGUCUUAUGACUUAUGAGCAUCUUCAAUUAAAAGGAACACCAGCAGCUGGUGGUGAUCCAGAUUCAUGGGAAGAAACUUACAUGGGAGUCACUGAUACAAAACCAAAUGGACCUGAAGCUGUUGCACUUGAUUUCACUUUUGCAGACUCACAAGUUCUUUUUGGUAUUCCUGAACAUCAUGAUACAUUCGCAUUAAAAAGAACAUCCUAUGGUGAACCUUACCAUCUAUUCACAAAUGAUGCGACACACUUUGAAGUUGACAGUCGAAUGCCAAAUUAUGGUGCAGUUCCAGUCAUUUAUGGUCAUGCAGUUGGACGAACUUCUGGUAUUUUCUGGCACAAUUCAGCAGACACAUAUGUAGACAUCCAUGAUACUCAAACAGCUCAUUUCAUCACAGAAGGAGGUGUUAUUGAUGUCUAUGUGUUUUUAGGUCCAACACCGAAUGACGCAUUUAGCCAAUACACAAAAAUCACUGGCGUUGGAAAUUUACCACAACUUUUCACUCUCGGUUAUCAUCAAUGUCGAUGGAGUUACAUGAGCUCAAGUCAAGUCCUUAAUAUAGUUAGUGAAUUUGAUAAGAACGACAUUCCACUCGACACUAUGUGGCUUGAUAUAGAUUAUACGGAUGGCUAUAGAUAUUUCACAUGGAAUAAUCAAACCUUUCCAAAUCCACUUGAGUUUAUGGCUGCGUUAAAUGCAACUGGUCGUCGAUUAGUUCAUAUUAUUGAUCCACAUAUCAAGGCUGAUGAAAAUUACUUUUUCUUUAAGAAGACACGUGAUCAAAAUAUGUUGGUAAAGACAAAUGAUAAGAGUGACUAUUAUGGAGAUUGUUGGCCCGGCAACUCAACAUAUCUUGAUUAUCUUAAUCCAGCAGCACGCAAAUAUUAUGCAGAUCAAUAUUUACUUGAAAAUUUUAAAGACAAUUCAGUCGAAACUGGAAUAUGGAAUGACAUGAAUGAACCAGCUGUAUUUAAUUCACCUGAAAAGACAUUCCCAAGAGAUAAUAUACAUAAUAAUGGUGAAAUAGAAGUAGAGCAUAGGUUAGUUCAUAACAUCUAUGGCUUCUUACAUACAAAGGCUACAUUUGAUGGAUUGGCAAGAAGAAGUGCCGAUUAUCGUCCAUUCAUACUUACACGUUCUUUCUUUGCUGGCUCACAGAAGUAUACAUCAGUAUGGACAGGAGAUAAUACAGCUGAUUGGCCUUAUUUGAAGGCAUCUAUUCAGACAUGUCUUGCUAUAUCUGUGUCAGGUAUCUCCUUCUGUGGAUCAGACAUUGGUGGAUUUUUCGGUGAACCUGAUGAUGAACUUUUCGUGAGAUGGACACAAGCUGCUGCCUUCCAGCCAUUCUUCAGAAAUCAUGCAAGUUGGGGUACAGCAAUGAGAGAACCUUAUGUAUGGGAAAAUAACACAAAAACCUUAGCCACAAAUGCCAUGAGAAGACGCUAUGAGUUCCUUCCAUUCUGGUACACGCUAUUUUAUGAGCAUGAAGUAACAGGAUAUCCAAUUAUGAGACCAAUGUUGGCACAAUAUCCAAAUGAUAAGAAUGUCUUUAAACUUGAUACUCAAUACAUGUUAGGUGAUAAACUUCUUGUCAGUCCCGUCUUGGAACCAAAAUCUACAUACGUGCUUGUCCGAUUCCCAUCAACGAAUGGCGCCGACGAAGGAGAUAUUUGGUAUGACAUUUAUGACAAUUACAAGAAAUACGAUAAAGUUGGAACACAAGCAAUUGAAGCUGGUGAAGAUAAAGUUCCAGUUUUUCAACGAGGCGGAACAAUAAUUCCAAGAAAAAUGACACCACAAAAGUCAUCAUUUCACAUGCGAGACGAUCCAUUAUCGCUUUUUGUUGCUGUAGAUAAAAAUCUGAAGGCAACAGGAAAUGUCUUUAUUGAUGACGAGACAAGCUAUAAAUAUCGUAAUGGGUCAUUCAAAAUGGUCGACUUUGAAUUUGAUAACAUGACUUUAACAGUCACUGAAAAUACCUUUAAGGAAUAUAGUCCAAAAUAUGAUAGAAUUUAUAUCACUAGAAAUGAAACAAUCAAAAUGGCACAAUUCAAGUGCAUGAAUGCCGAAACUUAUACAGAAUUGGAGGCAAUUUAUGUUGCUAAUCAAUACUAUUAUGUUGAUGUCAAGAACCAGUCAUGUGAAGAGUUGUCAUGGACUCUUACUCUCGUCAGCAGUGGAAUGAUGACUAUAAUGUCGAGAGGUUUACUCAUUUCUAUAAUCAUCUUCAAUGUCAUUAAAAAGUUAUUAUUUUAAAUUGUAAAAGUUUGGGGGCUGUUCAUUAAUGAUGUCCAAUUUUUUAAAGGGGGUUGCGGGUUCUGUGUGACAUUCUUAAAUGAGGUAUGAAAGACAAUUUUGCAAUUUUGACCGUGACAUCAUUUACGAACACUCCCCACACACCUAUCUAUUAAGUAUAGAAAGUAAAGUCCAUCAAUAAAUGAGACUUGCAAGAACCGCAAGCAUAAAAUAUAGCUCAUAAGUCUGACAAUCUAUCUAUUAUAAAACUUACUCAUUCAAUAAUUCUUCAUUAUAUGUUAAAAUUUGAAAAUUUUCUAUACGUACUUACAAAAUCUCAAGACCAUAAAUGACUUUAUUGACCAUUCAUUUUCGAUUAUCUCCUUCAAAAGUCAUAAAUAACGUACAAACCACAAUGGGUUUAU